AUGGAGCCGAGACAGGUCACCAGCCACAAGGAGAAUGUGCCCCCAGGGCCUGCGACCCCCUGGAGGCCAGAGCAGCAGAGAUUUCUGAGGAGCCCGGGAGUUGGCCUGGGCCGUGGACAUGGCCAGUCAGUGCCUACAUGCCAGGUCACAAGGGGAGGGCCGGCUGCCACACCUUCUCCAGGGACAGCACUGCCCCAGGAGCCCUGCCGAGUCCAGACCAACCUGGCCAGCCCUCAUCCCCGCCUGGGCCUGGCCCCGAAGGACACAACUGGCCGGCUGGUCACUUCAGGCUUCCAGCAACAGAGCAACUUGUGGUCCCCGGCUCGGAGGCCCCAGGGGAAGGCCCAGGAGUCUGCUAUGCAGCAGCAGAACCUGCAUCUGGGUGGGACCGCCAGCACCCCACUGCGGGAGAGCCACGGGCGCCCGGCUCCCCUGGAUGGACGCCCAUGGCGAGACCCCAGAGCCUGGUGUCACCUGAGGACCCGGACUGCCAGGCUUGUGGGGGAGCCCCUCACCCUGGAGGACUUGGCUGUCCCUGCCCAGAGCCAGGCUUGGGCCCCGCCCCACACUGCCACCCGCCUGCUGCUGGCCUCCCUGAAGCUCCUGGAGCAGGAGGCAGCUGGCCUCAGGUGCAGGAUGUCCCGGGAGCCCCCUGGCAGUGCGUGGUGGGGCCCUCACACCAGCAGCCGCCAGGCACUCCCUGCCCGUCCCCAGCCCAGCCAGCCUGCGCUUGCCUCCUGGGAUGAGAGGAGACACCCCCCAGGCCUCCUAGAGACUCGGGGGCUCCAGGCUGGCCUCUCAGAACCUGGAGCACAGGGCAAGCUGGAGUCCUUCCCAACCACUUUGGGGAUGUUUACUGCGAGUUUCCUUGACUCUGAGCAGGGGGUUCUUCUUGCCCAGCCCCCAGAGCCUAUGUACAGCAGGGAGGCCAGGGAGAUCCCCAGUCUCCCUCAAGGGACAGGCAGCAUGGAGGCCAGACUCGCUUCUGCAGCCUUCUUCAGCGCAGCUGGGGAUGUCCUACCUGGGCAGGAAGGAGGAAAACAGGCCCUGCGGGAGCAGGCCCACAGGAAGGAGGAGAGGACAGAGAGGAAGGCUUCCCAUUCACCAGAGCCCAGCCCCUCGAGGAGGCACACCCGGCAGGUGGAGGCUGGAGGAGGCUGGAGCAAGGCCCAGAAGGCGGUGAGCCCGGAGCCUCAGGCAACCCGCCAGCCCUGGUCUGUCCUCAGCUGGCAGCUGCUGUCCAGAUGUUUCAGAGCCUGGAGGCGCUUGGCGUGGAGGCGGUGGGCGGUGACCGCGGCGGUGGCUCUGAGUCGCAGGCGCCUGUUGCGCAAGGGCCUCCAGGCAUUGCGCUGGGCCCUGUGGCUCCGGGAGGCACAGCUGGAGGCCGCCUGGGGGCGACACACCAAGGCCCUGCUAUCCCGGAGCUUCCAAGAGUGGAGAUGCCUGGCUCUGCGGCGGGAGCAGGGGUCACCCCACGUCCAGUCUGAGCCCAGACUCCCUUGCCACGGCCCCUCCUUGGGGAGAGUGGCAGUGGUGGACCCAGCCUGCAAGAGCAGGUAGGCUGGGAGCCCGGGGUCGGUCCGGAGGCGGGCGAACCAGCAGAGGCAGACAGAGAAUCGCAUCGCGCACAAAGCUGUCAUCGCACACCGCUGGUGGUCGUGCGGCCUCGGAGGCCGUGGCUCCACUGUCAGCCCAGGGAGGCCGAGGCAGGAGGAACCAGCUGGACCAAGUCCCCUGCAGCUGGGGCAGAGGGCAGAUGAUGAAGAGAGGCAGGUGCGACUGCUGCAGGCCCUGCAGCCACGGGCAGUCUUCCUCCUGCAGUGCCACCAGAAGGACAGGGCCAGGCAGGGCAGGGAGGUCCCGGAGGAGGCACCUCAGACCCCCCAGAGGACUGGGAGGAUGGCCAGCCCCCCACAGGCCUGGCACCCGAAUCCUGCAGGUGCCCCAGAGGCCCCCCAGCCGGCCAGAGCCUGGCUGUGCAGGUGCUUUGGGUCCUGGCGACAGCUGGCGCAAAGAGGAGCCCAGUACCGGAGCCACCUGGCUGACCACAGGGUGGAGACCCUGAGGAUGUGCCUAGGACGGUGGGUGCGGAUGAAGCAACUGCGAGCCUCGGAGGCCACUGUGGUGGCCCGGCUGUCCCUCUGCCUGAAGAAGGCAGGUGACGUGGCCCUCCACAGCUCCACCUCUGGAGCCACCACCGCCCAUGGCCUGGAGACAGUGGCCCGGGAGCCAGGCCAGGGCUCCCUCCGGGAGGCCCGCCGGAGACUCACCCUGUCCUGGGUGCUGCGGCUCUGGAGGACGCGGCUACGUCAGCACCAGCAAGCCGCCUCCUGCUCCCAGGGCCUGCGUGAGCGGACCCUGAGGUGCAUCCUGAGCUGGUGGCGCCAGAGGGCGUGCCGUCCAGACACCCUGUCCGGCAGCAGCAAGACCACCUUGGCCCUGGAGCCACUGGGCAGUGGCCUGAGAGAGGAGGCCUGGCUGGGCCGCAGCAGCCCCCCAGCUUCCCUGGAGCAGGCUCCCAGGACCCCCGUCCUCCUGGAGCCCCUCCGGGUGAGCUUCCUGAGGGCAGCCGAGCGGCGACGGCAGAGGCACAGCCUUCUGCUCUGGGUGGCACGGGCGAGGCAGACGCGGGGCGCGGUGCGGUGGUGCCAGUGCAGCCUGCAGAGGCGCGUCCUCCUGAGCUGGAGCCACUGGACAAUAGCCCAAGGGGCCCGGAGAGAGUCGGCUGCCCGCUGGGCCUGGGACCGGAGCCGCAGGGCUGCACUGGGCCUGUGGCGGCGGCGGCUGGCGCAGCGGCAGGAGGCAGAGCAGCGGGCCCAGGAGCGGGACCGGGGACUGGCGCGGAAGGCCCUGUGCUGCUGGCACUCCUGCUGGCAGAGGAAGCAGUUCCUGCAGGAAAAGCACCAGAGGUGGGUGCAGGACCACCUCCAGGGCCUGCGGAGGGCGGCGUUCCAGGCCUGGCGGCAGGCCGCAGCUCAACGACGGAGACACAAGUCGAGGUGGGUGGGCCCAGGCAGGGGGCCGCUCAUCCCCACCCAGGGAGGGAGCCAGGCCGGGCAGCUCAGGUGGCCCAGGCUGCAGAAGGCAGGUAGUUGCCACCCGGCCCAAGGCUGUGACCGCCAACCUCCUGUUGUGUGUUUGGGGUGGGUGGCAACCCCCUGCGCUCCCCCACUGCCCAGGAGUCCACCUGGCCAGGUCAGUGCUGUGGUUUCGGAGGUGCAAUCAGGUGGCAGAAUGAAGGCCUCAGACAUGAGCCAACAGGGCAGAGGUGGCAUCUGCUUCCCAAGCCCAAGGUUCAAAGAUGGGGUUGGUGUGUGCCGAGCUCCCUGCUGCUUGUCAGUCAAGGCAGUUUUAAGGCACAGGGCUGUGUACCCCAAAUCCCACUUCCAGGCCUGGUAUGAGCUUGGGAGGGACAGGGGUAGCCUGGGUCUCAGAGUCCAGCCAAAGGAUAAGGGCACUGGGGCUUCAUUUGCCACCUGGCAGGGGGCAGAGGUAGCUGCCUGGUCACAGCAGCAGCGUGUGGCCUGGGCCUCCACUGUCACUGGAGAGACUACGUGCAGCAAGCUGGCAGGCAGGCAGCAGAGGGCCCAGGUCCAGCAGGCCUUGGUGGCCCUGGCUGGUGCUGAGGCCCCACAGCAGGUGGAAGAAUGGGGGAGGGGCAGCGGCCUGGGGCCUUCCCGGGAGGCCCCUUCCAAAGGGCACAGGUCAGGGGAGGGCUCCCAUCCUGCUUGCCUUAGACUCCUGGCCCCAGUGGCCUCUGGUAUAGCCUCCCCCUUCUCCUCCAGGGUCCUGAAGUCCUGGGCUCAGUCAGCGGCCCAGGGCCAUGUCCAGCAAGCUGCCAUCACCCAGCUCCAGCAGGCCCGACUCAGGCGCCUCCUGUGGACCCACUGGGCCCAGUGGCAGACGGCACUGCACAGAGUGCGGCUGGCACCAUGGACCCAGGCCCAGGGGACUGACCUUGAGCACUGGCCCAGGCUGGCCAGCAGAGGGCGCCUCAUGCUGAUGGACACUCCUGCCCCUUGGAAGCAGGUGGGUGGGGUGCAGGGGGGUGACAGAGAGACCGUCUGCCCCACCUUCCGGUUCUGGUUGCCUUGGCCUGGACAAGGCAGCUGGGUCUCUAGCUGGCUGCCUUCUGGACUGAGAGUGGGCGGGCUCGGCAGCCCUGACACCAGAGCCCGCCAAGGCCAAGAGGAGGCCCCUUGGAGGAGGCUGGGGUACGAGCAGCUGUGCCCGUGGGGGAGGUGGGGGAAGCCCGCGCCCUGGCUCAGCUGGGCACUCUGGCUGAGUAGGAUCCUGGAAAAGCAGUCCCAGGCCCGCAGCUCUGCCCCACUCCACGGUCAUGAGGAGGUCCUGACGCUCCUGGUCCUGAGGAGGAAGUACCUGUGGCGCUGGCGCCUUGAGGCUCGACUCCGCAGGCUGCAGGCUUCCUGGAAUGCCAGGCGCCUGGCGGCGGCUUGGCAGUGCUGGGAAGGUGCUCGAGGGGUGCAGCAGCUGUCUCAGGCCCUGGCCUUCGAGAAGUGGCGCCAGUGCCUGGCGGCCAGGAGCCAAAGGACAGGAGCCACCAGCAGCCUGAGUCCCUUGUCAGGCCAGGCACCAGGGGCCCAGGGAGCAGGCUGGAAGCUGCCCAGUCCCUGGUGUGGCGGGCCUGGCCCAGAGCAGGUGUCCAGCUGCAGCAGUGACUCACUCCCACAGAAUAGAAAGCAAAGCUGAGCCCGGCCCUCCCAGGGAGGGACGGUCCCACAUGUUCGGGCAUGCUGACGGCUCAAGGAGCUCUGAAGGACAAUAAAGCCCUCCUCGGUCCCAGCUGCUUCUCUUGCUCAGUCUUUCUUAAAGGCUGUUCCCACC